UUUUUUAUUCUUUGGUUCUUCUUCUCUAGAGAGAAACGAAGCACACAGUCUUUCUAAUAAUCAUAUUCCCUCCUUGGAAGGUCGUUGAUAUUCUCGUAUAAUCAUCUCAAAUACAGUUUUUCUUUCCUUGUGUUUGGAAGACAGAAAUUGAAAACGAUUUGGUUUCUCUUUGUGUGUACUGAGGGAUCCUUCUUCUCUGCCUUCGUAAUUUUCGCUCUCUCAAUUUUCUGCUCGAUUUUCGUCCUUAUUUCCCUGUCGUGUUGCUUUGUGUUCAAGUAAUGUGAAUUGCUUGAUUGCUUCGGUCGUCUUGCAGGAUUCUUUGCUUUAAGAGAGAGACAGAGAGAGCUGGAGAUAAGGUCUCUGCUUUGGAGCGAUGAAGAGGUCGAGAGACGAUGUUUACAUGGGCUCUCAUUCUCAACUCAAACGCCCUAUUGUGUCUUCUCGCGGAGAACCGUCUGGUCAUGCGCAUAUGAUGGGAGGAGGUGGAGGAUCAGGAGCAGCUGCAGGUGGACUACAGAAAUUAACAACAAACGAUGCUUUGCAAUAUCUCAAGUCAGUGAAGGAAAUAUUUCAAGACAACAGAGAAAAAUAUGAUGACUUCCUUGAAGUUAUGAAAGAUUUUAAGGCACAAAGAGUUGACACUACAGGUGUAAUAGCUAGGGUCAAGGAAUUGUUUAAAGGUCAUCGAGAACUAAUUUUGGGGUUUAAUACCUUUUUGCCAAAGGGAUAUGAGAUUACUCAUGCAUCUGAUAAUGAACAACCUUCUCAAAAGAAGCCGGUUGAAUUUGAAGAAGCUAUUAAUUUUGUGAACAAGAUUAAGACGAGGUUCCAAGGCGAUGACCGUGUUUAUAAAUCAUUUUUAGAUAUUUUGAACAUGUAUAGAAAAGAGAACAAGUCCAUCACUGAGGUUUAUCACGAGGUUGCAACACUCUUUGAAGACCACACUGAUCUGCUAUUGGAGUUUACUCAUUUCCUACCUGAUACUUCAGCAGCAGGCUCUGUAAAUUACAUUUCAUCUGGUAGAUUCCGAGAUAGGAGCUCUGGCAUGCCAGAAAUGCGGCAAAUGCAUGUUGACAAGAAAGAGAGGACGACGCCUUCUCAUUCUGAUCGUGAUCUUAGUGUCGAUAGUCCUGAUCCAGACAAUGACAGAGGUUUGAUGAAAACAGAGAAAGAGCAAUGGAGACGCUGUGAAAAGGAAAAGGAUAGGAGAGAGGACCGAGAGAGAAGAGAUUGUGAGAGGGAUGACAGAGACUUUGAGCAUGAUGGCAAUAGAGACUUCAAUAUGCAACGGAAACGGAAAUCUGGUCCUAGGCCUGAAGGCUCAAUGGCUGAGCAAUUGCACCAAGGUGAUGGCGAUGAAAACUUUGGAGUGCAACCUGCUUCAUCCACUUAUGAUGAUAAAAGUGGUCUGAAAAGUAUGAUUAGCCAAGAGCUUGCUUUCUGUGAGAGAGUGAAGGAGAAGUUACACAAUCCUGAUGAUUACCAAGAAUUUUUGAGAUGUCUUCAUCUCUAUACCAGGGAAAUAAUCACAAGAUCAGAAUUGCAAUCUUUGGUGAGUGAUUUACUUGGAAGAUAUCCAGAUCUUAUGGAUGGAUUUAAUGAAUUUUUGGCCCGCUGUGAGAAGAAUGAGGGCUUGCUUGCUGUUGUUGUGAAUAAAAAAUCCUUGUGGAUUGAAGGACUUCCUCCCCGAUCUUUGAAGGUAGAGGACAGAGAUAGAGAUUGUGAAAGGGAUGAUAUGGUUAAAGACAAAGAUCGUGAAAAUCGGGAGAGAGAUAGACUGGACAAAGGUCUUGGAAACAAAGAGACAGGUGGUCACAGGAUGUCUUUAAUUUCCAACAAGGAUAAGUAUGUGGGAAAAGCUAUUAAUGAACUUGACCUGUCAAACUGUGAACGCUGCACUCCCAGUUACCGACUUCUGCCGAAGAAUUAUUCAAUACCAUCUGCAAGCCAAAGAACAGAUAUUGGUGCUGAAGUAUUGAACAAUCAUUGGGUAUCUGUAACUUCAGGAAGUGAGGAUUAUUCUUUUAAACACAUGCGGAAAAACCAGUAUGAGGAAAGCCUGUUUCGAUGUGAGGAUGACAGGUUUGAACUGGACAUGUUGUUAGAGUCUGUGAAUGUGACAACUAAGCGUGCAGAAGAACUAUUAGAGAAGAUCAACACCAAUGCCAUCAAAGCAGAGAGUCUAAUUGGUAUUGAGGAGCACUUUACAGCUCUAAAUUUAAGGUGCAUUGAACGUUUGUACGGUGACCAUGGUCUUGAUGUGAUGGAGAUGUUAAGAAAGAAUGCUUCCCUUGCUUUGCCAGUUAUUUUAACUCGCUUGAAGCAGAAACAGGAAGAGUGGGCUAGGUGCCGUGCCGAUUUUAAUAAAGUUUGGGCUGAAAUAUAUGCGAAGAACUAUCACAAAUCGCUGGAUCAUCGUAGCUUCUAUUUCAAGCAGCAGGAUACCAAGAGCUCGAGUACAAAAGCCUUAUUGGCGGAGAUCAAAGAAAUUAGUGAGAAAAAGCUCAAGGAAGAUGAUGUGCUUCUUGCUAUUGCUGCUGGAAAUAGACGACCUAUUAUUCCGAAUUUGAAAUUUGAAUACCCUGAUUCGGACAUUCAUGAAGAUAUAUAUCAGCUUAUCAAAUAUUCUUGUGGAGAAGUUUGUACAACUGAACAAUUGGAUAAAGUAAUGAAGAUUUGGACAACCUUCUUGGAACCCAUUCUCGGUGUUCCUUCUAGGCCUCAGGGUGCAGAGGACACUGAAGAUGCUGUCAAAAGUAGGAACCAUUCUGUGAAAGGUAGUGGGGAAAGUGAUGGAAGCCCUGGUGGUGGUUCAGCAGUCAUAAAUUCCAAACCUUCCAGAAAUGGAGAUGAAAGUACUCCACAAGAGCAAUCAAGUUCUUCAAAGACUUGGGUAAUAAAUGGAGAUAAUGGACCUAAAGUAGUUGGUUCUCUUGAUGCAGAUCAAACUCGUAAAAAUGAUACUUUUAGUUGUACUCCUCACUAUGAUAAAGUGCAGCCUAAUCCAGUUAUGGGUGACAAAACUUCAGGGGUCAGUAAAGAAGUUGGCUGCAGUGAACGGUUGGUUAAUUCAAAUGCUUCGCUUGCCAAUGGUGCAGAGGAAAGUAAUGGGAGAACUAAUGUAGAAACCAUAUCAGACAUUCUGAAAUGCAAUUUUGUGUUGCAAGGGCUUGCCACCCCUUCCAGAACUUGUAAUGGCAUCAUUGACGGUGGUACUGAGUUGAGGUCAAAUAACGAAAUUGUGCAUUCAGAGCAGGGUCAUGAUAGUGCCCGACCGACUGUAUCCGCAAAUGGGGUGGUGCCAGAAGGUACCAAAAAUAGAUACAAUGAAGAAUCUGUUGACCCAUUUAAAAUUGAAAGAGAGGAAGGUGAAUUAUCUCCAAAUGGAGAUCUUGAAGAGGACAAUUUUGCAGUUUAUGGAGAAACUGGUUUGGAUUCUUUGCACGAAGCAAAUGAUAAUUCUUUCAGCAGGCAGUAUCAAACCAGACAUGUAGAAGAAAUAUGUGGUGAAGCAGGGGGAGAAAAUGACGCUGAUGCUGAUGAUGAGGGUGAGGUUAGUGCUCAAAGAUCAUCAGAGGACAGUGAAAAUGCAUCUGAGAACGGCGAUGUUUCUGGAAGUGAUUCUGGUGAAGGUGAGGAAUGCUCUCAGGAAGAGCAUGAAGAUGGAGACCAUGAUGAGCAUGAUAAUAAGGCUGAGAGUGAAGGUGAGGCUGAAGGGAUGGAAGAUGCUCAUGUUGUUGAAGGUGAUGGAACACCAUUGCCACUUUCAGAACGUUUUCUUUCGACUGCGAAGCCUUUAGCUAAGCAUGUCCCUCCAGCAUUACAUGAUAAAGAAAAUGACUUUCGGGUUUUUUACGGAAAUGAUUCUUUUUAUGUGCUUAUAAGGCUACAUCAAACAUUAUAUGAAAGAAUACAAUCUGCUAAGAUAAAUUCAUCUUCUGGCGAAAGAAAAUGGAAAGCUUCAAACGAUUCAAGCCCUAAUGAUCUCUAUGGCAGGUUUAUGAGUGCACUUUACAAUUUACUCGAUGGUUCUUCUGAUAAUACAAAAUUUGAGGAUGAUUGUCGAGCUAUUAUUGGAACUCAGUCAUAUGUCCUAUUCACAUUGGACAAACUGAUUUAUAAACUUGUCAAACAGCUCCAAGCAGUUGCAGCUGAUGAGAUGGACAACAAGCUUCUUCAAUUAUAUGCCUAUGAAAAUUCUAGAAAACGUGGAAGAUUUGUUGAUGCAGUUUAUCAUGAAAAUGCCCGUGUUCUUCUUCAUGAUGAGAACAUAUAUCGUAUCAAAUGUUCUUCUGUGCCAACCCGUCUGUCUAUUCAGCUUAUGGAUUAUGGGCAUGAUAAACCAGAGGUGACUGCAGUUUCCAUGGAUCCUAAUUUUGCAGCUUAUCUGCAUAAUGACUUUCUCUCAGUUGUUCGUGAGAAAAAAGAGAAAUCAGGGAUUUUUUUAAAGAGGAAUAAACACAAAUACGCAGGUGGUGAUGAAUUUUCUUCCACAUGCCAAGCCAUGGAAGGACUUCAAAUUGGUAAUGGAUUGGAGUGUAAGAUAGCAUGCAAUUCAUCCAAGGUCUCGUACGUUUUAGAUACUGAAGAUUAUUUGUUUAGAAGAAGGAAUAUGAAAAGUUUGCAGCAGAACAAUUCUUGCCGUGAUCAGGCAAAGGCUUCAAAUGGUGGGCCAGCUAGAGUAGAGCGGUUUCACAGAUUUCUAUCAAAUUGAUGACGUUUCUUUUUGUAACCUUUUGUAAGUAUUGGGUGUAUACAAAAUUUUAUACUGAAUUGGUUUUUGUGUAUGUUUCAUCUCCUUCCAUUUUUGUUAGUGUACAUUAGUGAAUACAAUUAGGAAUUCACGGGCUUAAAUUCAAUUCACAGACGGGUAUCAAUUGAAUCGUUCUUGAUAUAUACAUAUAUAUGUUCAUCUAUUGCA